AUAAUUCCAUGACUUCGAUUUGCGUUCCUUUAUUAUUCCUAUUUUCCGCACUAAUGACAAAGAAACUUUAGACUGGUGUUGCAGAUGAACUGAAAAGUCACUGAGAUUCUUUUGAGGGUGGGUUUUGAUGAAUUUAGCCCUAAAGCCACAGUGUCGUAACAUGUUAUUCAUGCGCUCUUUCCACAAAGACUCAAUUUUCCGCCUCGAUCUGCUGCCUCAUCGUGGAAACGCGCGUCUGCUCAAGCAAACCUAAAAAAAAAACAUCAUUAUGAGGUCACUUCCAUUACGUCAUGCGCCUGUAAUGUUAAUCGGCGCGCGCUGUGAUUGGUCGCUCGCCCGUGACGCUCCAUGUGCGGGCGCACUAUAUGUACUUGGCGUCGUGAGCGCUCUAGAGCAGUGUGCAGGUUCCAGUCUGACAGCUCCGCGUUCCCUUCAGAAUGAAGUCUUGUGUUGUGCUCGCGUUCCUCCUGUUCUCUCUCGUCUGUCUGAUGUACCAGGCGUCGGACGCGUGUUCAUGCGCGAUGUCGCAUCCACAGGACGCGUACUGCCACUCCGACAUCGUGAUCAGGGCUAAAGUAGUGGGAAAGAAGCUGCUGAACGACGGUCCGUUUGGCACCCUGCGGUACACCGUCAAACAGAUGAAGAUGUACAAGGGCUUCGACAAGAUCCAGCACGUGCAGUACAUCUACACACACGACUCCGAGAGCAUGUGUGGAGUCAAGUUCGACAUCAACAAAUACCAGUAUCUGAUCACAGGUCGUGUUCAUGACGGGAAGCUGUACACGGGUCUGUGUAACUUCAACGAGCGAUGGGAGCGUCUGUCUCUGGCUCAGAAGAAGGGCAUCAAUCAUCGCUAUCAGCUGGGCUGUAACUGCAGGAUCAAGCCGUGCCACUAUCUGCCCUGCUUCGUCACGUCCAAGAGCGAGUGUCUUUGGACGGAUAUGCUGUCGCACUUCGGCUUCCCCGGCUAUCAGUCGCGUCACUACGCCUGCAUCCAGCAGAAAGAGGGCUACUGCAGCUGGUACCGAGGCAUGAGCGCUCGCGACAAGCUCAUUAUCAACACCACCGACCCCUGAAGCGCUUCAGAACCGGGCCUUAAACCGCUGGUGCAUCAACGCCAUCGAACCCUGAGCACACGGAGCCAUCCGCAUUAACCAGAUUAAAUAUGAAGUCAUUUAUGAACGCAAUAAAACCCUGCUCUUUUAUAGUGAUGUGCUGCUUUUUAAACAUAUCUGUUGUUUAUGUGCGUGUGCCAGAUUUAUACGGUUCAGUAUCUAUUUAUGAUUCGAUGCAGAGAAAUGAUUCCUUCCUUCUUGCUGUUUAUGAUGUAAGCUAUGAAAUUGUGAUUAGUAUUUAAAGCAGAGACUAUAAACGGUAGAUCGAUCACAUCUUUUCUACGUCUAGACUGAUGGCAUGCGUCUGAAAUGCGUUUUCUAAUGGGAAAGUCGAGGUUUGACCGAUGGGGAGGAUGUGAAUCGGACGUGACAAACGUGUUUAAUCGUUUCUGACACUAAACUCCUGUUGAUUUCUGCUCCAUUUCUGCGCUGGAGGCUGAGAUGAGGAGCGUGUGAGUCUGCUGUUUCAGAGUCUCGGUCUCCGACGCAUGUUUUUAGAUCAUUAAGGUAAUAUUCUGUCUGUAACACAAACAUCUGCUCAGAUCAGACCCGUCACGUGUGUGUGUGUGUGUGUGUGUGUGUGAGUGUGUGUGUGUGAGAG